UUAUUAGCAGGCCAAAGAAACAGCCGCUGUAAAGGUGACAUUUCUCCGUCUGAUCACUGUAGUCAAUUCGAUUAAUAAUCGUUGUAAAAACACAGAGAGCUGGCACAGGCAUAAGCAUGUCUUCUCUCGGGAGGACGGCGGGUGUCCUCCGAAGCGGCCUGCAGCUCUUCAGGCGUGGACCUCAGCAGAUGACCCUCAGAAAGGCAGGAGGCGGCCCUCAUAUUGAACCCCAGUACAGACAACCUCCUCAGAUCACCAAGAACCAGAAGUUCCAGGCAGAGCUGAUCAGCGGUGCCAUGUGGUUCUGGAUCCUGUGGCACACCUGGCACGACCCGGACGCCAUCCUGGGUCAUUUCCCAUGGCCGGACACUUCAGCAUGGACCGAUGAGGAGCUGGGAAUCCCACCUGAUGAUGAAGAGUAGACUUGCCCUCAACACCCCAAUGUACACAUAUGUAUUCAAGUCAUUAACAUGCUGAGGAAAUUGCUCAUUUCUUACCUGGUGUGUUGCCACAGCAUGCAUGACUAAUUUUUCUCUUCUCUGCUUUGCAGAUGUGCAACAGAUGUGAUGGCAAACCCACACAUUUUCUGUAGAGGAAACUGAAAGUUCCUGUUAUGUGUAUGGACUUAUUAUCAAGUCUAAUUGUAAAAGAUAGGAUUAAAUAAAUAAAAACCAUCGACUCUU